AUGCCCGAGCCAAUUUUCACCAACUGUGGAUUUUUCUUGAAACUGAAAAAAAUAACCAUUCAGGAGAAGAACAAGCUGAAGGACUGCAUUAAAGAAAAUGGCGGGCAGAUAACAUUUGCAAUAAAUGAUAAGUGUACGCAUGUUGUCACUGACGAUGCUGAUGCGCUCAGUUCUGUUCAUCUGAAAACCAUCAAGAAGAAGCAGCUUCCCACUGUAGAUGUCAAUUUCAUAUGGGACUCAGUCAAAGAAAACAGACUUUUACCCCCUUCUGACUCGGAACCCCUCAAGGCCUUGGAAAGUACACCUGAUGUGAAGAUUGUCUCUGUCUGUCUGGAUGACAGUCAGAAGGUAAACGACGGUGCCAAAAAUGGCAGUGAGAGCGACUGGCACGACAGCGAGUCUGAUGAUAGCAGCAAGUCUGAUGAUAGCAGCAACACAGACGAACUAAGAUGGUUUUCAAAUAAUGAUAAAAAUACCCCUUAUUUUCCUGAAGACUUUGAGGUUGCAAAGUAUGAUGUCCUUGAAAAGGUUACAGCACAAAGUGAAUAUGUUGUUGUUGAACUUCAGUGUGCUCUCCAGUGUUGUGAUUAUCCUUUCCGCAUACACACAUGUUACAGUAUAUUGGAUGGAGUCAAGUACCAAAAACAAUGGACAUCAACUAAGACUUCUGAGGAGGCCCGAAGAGCCUAUGUGCUUUGUAUGGAAGAGCUGAAGAAAGCAGAUUUUGAAUUAAGACAUGACUUUCCACGUGAAGCAGAACAUUUAGCUUCAACAAAGUUACAAGAGAUGCUUGUAGUAGAAGCCAUCAGCAGUGGCACCUUGUCUGAAGAAGUUGGUGUCUUUGUGGAACUGAUCUGGGCUGAAGCACUCGGGGUCUUGAAACAUCUGUUACGUAAACCAGUGACCAGCAUCAGCCUGAAUGAUGUGAGCAAAGCGGAAGGAGUUCUGCUUCGGGCCAAGAAGGCAUUGGAUGAGGGGAAAUCUCCGAACGAGCUGACCGCAGUGUUAGCGGAAUUCUACACGAUCAUACCUCAUAAAAGUGAGAUAGACUACAAUGUUUGCAAAAAGCUGUUGUCUAACAAGCAGGAUCUCUGCCAGCUAAUCAGGGACAUGCUGAAUGUACAUGAAAUAAGUAUGUCACAUCCUGACCCGCCAUCCCUUUCCAAGUACCGGUCUUUGGGGUGCAAGAUAGAUGUUCUGGAUAUAAAUAGUGACGAGUUUAAUAAUGUUAAAGAGCAAGUUGUCCAAAAUAACUUCAGCAAAUGUCCCAUAGAAGUUCUGCAGAUAUAUAAUGUCAGUCGAAGAAUGGAAACGGCUGCUUUUGAGAGUACUCUUGGCAACAUUCAGCCCUUACUCCACGCUUCAUCUCCUUCCAACUUUGUUGGCAUCCUUUCUCGGGGCCUCCUCCUGCCAAAGAUGGUAGUUGAAGAACAUGGCAUCGAAAGAACUGAUUCCGGGAACUUGGGCUGUGGCGUUUAUUUCAGCAAUUCCAUAAGUACAAGCAUCAAGUACUCUCAGCCUAAUAAGACAGAUGGAACUCGACUGCUAGUGAUUUGUGAUGUAGCACUUGGAAGGUGUUUGGAUACUUAUCAGAAGGAUCUUUCGUUAACUACUGCCCCGUCAGGCUAUGAAAGCGUGCACGGAAUCCGCCAGGCAAAAGGCAAUGAUUCAGCUUUCCAGGAUGAUGAGUUUGUGGUAUACAGAACGAGUCAGAUCAAAAUGAAAUAUGUGGUUAAGUUUCGCCUCGCUGAUGACAAAGUAGAGGAAUUCCAUCCCAUAAUUCAGGUUAAGCUAGAAGACCAAGCACCUGUCCCAGAGCAUCAGGCACAGCCCAAAGAUUAUGAGAUGCCAAGACAAAAUAUGCUGAAUAAUAUAGCCGCUGGUCUUCUGGAUAGAUCUGGAAACCCGAUUCCUCUGAAAGAAGUUCAUAUCAAGGGAAGAAUAAUAGACUUCGUGGCACAGGUGGUAGUAUUUCAGACCUAUGAAAAUACAUCUGACAGCCCCAUUGAAGCCAAAUACGUCUUUCCUUUGGAUGACACAGCUGCUGUAUGUGGAUUUGAGGCUUUCAUCAAAGGGAAACAUAUAAUAGGAGAGGUGAAGGAAAAAGAAGUAGCCCACCGGGAAUACAGAGACGCUGUCACUCGAGGCGAUGGAGCUUACUUGAUGGAUCAGGAUGCCCCUGACAUUUUUACUGUUUCUGUUGGAAACCUGCCACCUUCAACCAGGGUUCUAAUCAAAAUCACCUACAUUACGGAGCUGGCUUAUGACGAUCGCAAUCUUUCCUUCCUCCUGCCUGCGGCUGUGGCACCUUGGCAACAAGACAAAGCAUUAAAUGAAAAUACACAGGACACAGUAACAAAAGUUGCAAUUAAGCAAAUAGGAACAAAACCAGGUGGGUUCUCUUUGGAGAUGUCUGUUGAAAUGCCCUUUAAGAUUGAUUACAUUGACAGCUGGACACAUAAACUUAAAAUAAAGAAAACAGACUGUAAAGCCGUGAUCCAUACUGUGGAGGACAGUUCCUUGGGUGUUGCUGGGUUUGCACUGGGAAUUGGGAUUGGCGAUGUCCAUUUGCCCAGAAUGUGGGUAGAGAAGCAUCCAGACAAAGAGACUGAGGCAUGCAUGCUAGUAUUUCAGCCACAGUUUGCUGUACCGUACGAACCUUCAAGCCCCUGUGGAGAAACAAUCAUCUGCCUGGACUGCUCCAAUUCCAUGGCAGGUUCAGAAAUGCGGCAAGCCAAGCAGAUUGCGUUGCAUGCUCUGGAGUCAUGCCAUUUUCUACCACGGCUAAGUGUUAUAAAAUUUGGUACAAAUUUUGUACAUUUUCCCUUCAGUCCUGGAAAGUACAAAGUGGAUGUCACUGCUCUGAAGGAGUUUGUUUCAUCUGCUACCCCUUCAAUGGGAAACUCUGACUUAUGGAAGGCAUUGCAUUACCUGAGUCUGCUAUAUCCUUCUAAAGGCAAACGCAGCAUUCUUCUAAUAUCUGAUGGACAUAUUCAGAACGAAGCCAUGACCUUGCAGACUGUGAAGGAAAACGCCCGGCACACCAGGAUAUUCACGUGUGGAGUUGGCUACGCAGCAAAUCGUCACAUGCUGAGAUCUUUGUCCCAAUAUGGAGCUGGAACCUUUGAAUAUUUUGACGCGAAAACAAAGUAUAACUGGGAGAGAAAGAUAGGUUGUCAGAUCUCUCGAAUGCAUUCUCGGGGAUGCAGUGCUGUUUCAAUUAAAUGGCAGCAAUUUGACACAAAUGCACCUGAGCCAACAUAUGCUCCUGCUCAGAUACAAUCUUUGUUUAUUAAUGAGUACCUUCUGGUCUAUGGAUUUAUCUCCCAGUGUACUCAGGCCACUUUAAAAGCACUGAUAGAUAACCAAGAAUUGCAGACAAUGGUAUCUACAACUGAACUGCAGAAGAGAACAGGAACUAUGCUCCACAAACUUACAGCAAGAGCCCUCAUUAGGGAUUAUGAACAAGGGGUUCUUCAUGAGAACAAAACAGAACAUGAAAUGAAGAAACAACAAUUGAAAUCCCUGAUCAUUAAACUCAGUCUGGAGAAUUCCAUCGUGACUCAGUUUACAAGUUUUGUGGCAAUCGAGAAAAGGGAUGGGAAUGAAGACCAGGGUGCUGACACCCUCAACGUUUCAGAACUUGUAGCCAAGGAGGAUGUAGACAUCUUACCCUACAUGCAAUAUCAAGUAGAAGAUGACCAUCUCGUUAGUGUAAAUAGUCUAGCAUGUCUAGAGGAAUAUGACUUCUGCUUUGGAGAAAUGAGUUCAUCUGUACUUUCGGGACAAAAUCUUUCUCCCGUCAGUGUUGACCGACAGGAGGGAUUUCCACCCCCACCUCCACCCCAUCAGCAGAAUGCAUGGGUUAAUUUGCCCGUUGAGGAUGGCGAAGGAGAGAGAAGCAGGGAAGCACCCAGAAGAAGCACUGAAGGCAGCAGAAGGAAGAAGCCUGAGAUUGGACUGCUCACUCAGGCAUUGGAUUAUUCUGUCAGUGGUCUCGAGGGGGACUCUUCAUCUCAACUCCUUGGGCAGAAAUUUUUAAAAGCCGGAAGGCUGACUUUGGACCACCAGGAGCCAUAUGCAGACUUGUCCUCUCUUUUUGCUGCUCCUCUAGCCUUGGAAGCAGAUAGUCAUUUUUCUUCCUCAUUAUCAUCUGGCCAGCCAUUUUCAUCACCAUCAGCUAUCCCAACCCGUUCGGAUGCUGUUUUUGGUUCCAGUGCUGUGUCAAAACCUCCUGACUUCCCUGUGCAGGGCAUAUAUUUCGGAGGUGGACAUCCUGCACUGUCUCAGGGUCGCAGCCUAUUGUUGACUAGCAACCAGAGUCCAUUGCCAGCAACUACCACAGGCUUUGGUUCUGCUCUUACACCCACUUUGAAAGGCCUCCCUGGACAGGGGAUGGUUCUGCAGAGUGGUCCUCCCGAGUCCAGAGGAACAUUAUUUUCGGCACCGCCAUUUUUAUCAGCACCACCUUCCACAGAAGUUCCGGUUCCUGCUGCGGGAAGUUCAGCCCCCAGCUGCUUUAUGUCAAGGAUAAAGGCAAAAGUCAGACCUCCCGUGCCUGUGCAAGAUCAGCUCUCCUCACCGUCUGGCCCGCAACUAUUGCCUUUCAAUCCCUUCGUAAAUUUUAAUGCGGCACCUCCGGCUGCUCCGCCAGUUGUCCAAUUUGAGCCUGGGUCAGGGGCACCCAUGGCAGCUCGACGUGCUAUGCCUUUGCCAGAAGACCAGUGGCCACUUCUCCGUCUAAAGGGGAAGAAACCUCCUGCUCGUCUGCCCAGUCCCCCUUCUCUAGGAAAGGCAUCUGCAGAACCGAAAAGCAUAGCACUGUUUGGAAAACAACCAGAGGAGACUCUACAGAAUUUCAUUGAGAAGAAGAGGAGAUCUAAGAAGAAAGUCUGCAGAAUGCCCGCUGUACAAAAAACACUGAGUGCUGUAUUCUGGCCUCAGCUCUCUGAGCUGCAGAAUCAGGAUGGUUACUGGCAGCUCACACCUGAACUUGGGACUCUUUUGGAUCUGGAUGUGAAUGAUUUAGUCAACGUCUCACUAACAAAAAGGGGAAUUCAGUCUCUUGGUCUCAAGGGGAAAGAGAAGCUGUUGCAGUUGAUUGCAACACUUCUGGUACUGCAGGUUGUACGACUCAGGCAACUGGAAGGCAUCACUUUCAAAUCUCUAAUGAAAUUGAAUGACUCUCCCCCAUCAAGGGCAUUUGAUGCAGUGAAGAAAGCGGUUGAAUGGGCAAAAAGAACUCACCAACAGUUCCCUGCUAUCUGCCAGCGUCUUGAACUUGGAAAAGACUGGGACUCUGCCACUAAGAAGCUAUUGGGUAUCGAAAUAACUGGAACCGCCCGCCCCCUUGCCAACAGUAAAUAAAAGAGCCACUUCCUCUGCCUCACAACCCAUCCCUACAACAACAGUGGGAUGUCAGUAGUGGGAAAAGAUCCUGUAGUGCCUUUCUUUUACUACAAUCAUUUAAUAGUUAAAAUUAUCUUAACGGAUUAAGCUCUUCUUAACUAUCAGUGCACUUGUCACAUAGCUUUGACAUUCUGUGGUAACCACAAGUAUAUUAUUGCAGCUGCUUCCUGCAGUGUUACACACCUCUGGUGUUCAGAUUAAAUUUUGAUCUUUCAGGAAACUGGGCUGUGUGAUCUCCCGCUACUAGGAGAAUACACCAUUGGUUCAGUUGGUGUUGUAUCGACAUUUUACUAAAAUUUGCCAGGACUUCAGAUACAAGAUUCCUUAAGCAUCUACUUUCUUUUUUUCCCUUUUAAGCGUAGGACAGACAUAAUCAUAGCUUAGGAAUUCAAGAGAGGACAGGUAUUACUGUGAUUAGGAACUCUUGUUGUAUUCCAGGAUCUUGCCACCCACCAGUGGGGUUUUCACAGGAGUCAAGAGUGAGGCACUGAACUAGAUAUGCCUGGCUUCUACUGGGCUCUCUGGUCAAUUUGAUGUAUUACUCAUCCUAUGACUCCAGCAAAAAAAAAAAAGUUAAUACCUAGACAAAGAAAAAGGCGGCUGAUCUUUUUUACAGUCUUCAAACCUAAGACCCCCAGAAUAUUAUCCUCCUCAAUCAAGACCAAGGGCAUUCCAGUCUUACCACCAGUUUCACUGGAUUUCUUUAAUCCCUUAAUAUUGCUUCAACUAAAUUGUUCUUUCUAAUUAACUGUAAAGUAUUAUUGCUACACUGUUCCCCCCCCCAAUUAAAUUCAAACAAACUUUAUAAACUUAGCUCCUUAUUGCUGUUUGGCCUUUGCAUAUGACAAAACAUCUUCAUUAAGUUGUAUGCUAAUUUGCUGUUCACCCUAUGUAGAGGCAUCUACACACA